AUGCGCGGCAAGCGGGCGAAGCAAUACCGCAAGUUGAUGCACCAAUAUGCCCUCACGUUCGGCUUCCGCGAACCAUACCAAGUCCUGGUCGACUCCGAGAUCGUCCUGGACUCGACGCGCAUGAAGAUGGACCUUGCCGGCUACCUCGAGCGCACCCUUCAAGGCAAGGUCAAGCCGAUGAUCACGCAGUGCUCGAUGCGCCACCUAUACGCCUCUAAAGAUCAGGACGCCAUUGGGAAAGCCCAGGCCUUCGAGCGCCGCCGCUGCAAUCACCACACCCUCGACGAGCCUCUCUCCACCCUCGACUGUGUCAAGUCCGUGCUUGAUCCGAAAGACUCCAAGACCAACAAGCACCGCUAUGUUGUUGCCAGCCAGGAGCAGCGCCUGCGUGCCUACCUGCGCAAGAUUCCCGGCGUGCCCCUGAUCUACAUCAACAGGAGUGUCAUGAUCAUGGAGCCCAUGGCCGGCGCCACCGAGGACGUGCGCGACAGGACGGAGACGGAGAAGUUCAGAGCCGGCCUAAAGACGCGGUCCACUGCAACGGUUGCCGUAUCCAAGAGGAAACGGGAUGACGACGACGAGGGGAGCGAUGGUGACCAAGAUACGGAGAUGAAGGAUGCGCCCGCACAACCUGAGCCAAAGAAAAAGAAGAGGAAAGGACCCAAGGCCCCCAAUCCAUUGAGCGUCAAGAAACCUAAGAAGAGACCGGAGCAACAAGGCUCGGCCAAGGCCCUUGCAUCUGAUAACGCUGCCGGUGAAGGGACAGUAUCCGAGGAGCAAACCAAGCGGAAAAGGAAACGGAAGAACAAGGCCAAGGCGGACGAGGACGCACUGGACCGAGCAAAGCAAGUCGCGCAAGAGGCAUGA